GGAGUUAGGACCAUCUUAGAGUGAUUUGCUCAUUGGACUUCUGACCUGAUCUAUGGCACAAGCUCAGGAAUUUCAGCUCAAGAUAAAAGAUUCUCCGGGACAGGAAUCCAGCCAUGGCGAGAGCUGCGAGGGGCAGGCUAAUGUCGGCCCGAAGAAGAGACGCGGCGGCGUUCGACGGUGGCUGCCGCUGCUGGUGGACAUGCUGAUGCUGCUCGUCGGGGAGGCAAUGGCGCCUCUCCUCAGCCGAGUGUACUACAACUCCGGCGGCAAAAGCUUGUGGAUGGCCACGCUCGCGCAGUCCGCCGGCGCGCCACUGCUGGCCAUUCCUCUCAUCCUCACGCCGCGGGCCGCCGCCGGGGAGCCCCGGCCGGCGUUGUGGAAGAUGGUCGCCAUCUGCGUCGGGCUCGGGGUCCUCAUCGGCUGCGACAACUUCAUGUACUCGUACGCGAUGCUGUGCCUGCCGGUGUCCACGUUCUCGCUCGUCGCCGCGACGCAGCUCGCCUUCAACGCCGUCACGUCGCGCCUCAUCAACGCGCAGCGCUUCACGGCGCUCAUCCUCAACUCCGUCGUCGUGCUCACCUUCUCCGCCGCGCUUCUCGGCGUCGACUCCGACUCCUCCUCCUCUGACGACGGCGGCGGCAGCGUCGUCCCGCGUGGCAAGCACGCGGCCGGCGUCGUCCUCACCCUGUCGGCGUCCGCCGUCUACGCGCUCAUCAUGUCCCUGUUCGAGGUCACCUUCGAGAAGGUGAUCAGGGCCACGACGCCGCGGUGGGUGCUGAAGAUGCAAAUCUUCACGAGCGCGGUCGCCACGGCGGUGUCGGCGGCGGCGCUGCUCGCGUCGGGGGAGUGGAGGACGAUCCACGGCGAGGCGGCGGCGUUCAAGAACGGGGAGGCGUCGUACGUGGCGACCGUCGUGGGGAUCGCCGUGGGGUGGCAGGCGGCGGAGCUGGGCGCCGUGAGGCUGGUCGCGAGGGUGUCGUCGCUGUUCGCGAACGUGACGGGCACGCUGGCGCUGCCGCUGGUGCCGGUGCUGGCGGUGGCGGUGUUCGGGGACAAGAUGACGGGCACCAAGGCUGUGGCCAUGCUCAUGGCCGUGUGGGGGUUCCUCUCCUACGUGUACCACCACUACCUCGACGCCCGGCGUGCGACGGCGCGGCCUUGCUGCAGCGUCUGCACGGAGCGGAUGGCAAAUGUUUAGACGACACUUCUAUUCCAUGUUUAAGACUUUAGGUAAUUAAGUGAAUUGCC